UGAUUAUGGCUGCAAAAGACCCCUGUAAGAAACAUGCCUGUGAAAUCCAGAAAUGUUUGCAAGCAAACAACUACUUGGAAUCUAGAUGCGAAGCUGUCUUCCAGGAGAUGAGACGGUGUUGUGCCCAGUACCCCAAGGGCAUAUCCCUCUCUUGUUCAGGCUUUAAGGGGGUGGAAAGAGAGAGAGAGAAGCAGGUACCCGAUUCCAACCAACCUCACCCUCUGCAGUCUUGAGGAAGACCCUUCUCCGAGAGGGCCGAGCAGCCUUACCUGCCGCCUACGUAGCUACCGCGCUAUACCUCAAUUUAUUCUCUAGCAUGGGAGGGCUGCUCCCACAGCGCAAGCCAGCUCCUCUUCCAGACCGCCCGAAGCGGAAACCCGAAGACGACGAUGAGCCCGCCUGUCGGAAGAGUAGAGCUCCUAGCACUUUUGUUGUCAAAAACCAUGUUACUGCUGUAGCCUUAUUGUAAAGUAGAUUUGGAGUAGAACCCCCUCGAUCCGUGAAUAGUCCGUGUCAUUUGUUCUGUGGUCCAGAAGAGCAAUAUUCCAACUGGAAGGUGAAAUCCAGCCAUUUGGCUGGGCGCCAAAUUUCAGGCAAUCUUUUGUUACGUGUGUGUGGUAGGUAAAGCGGGUCCUUUGUUGAAACGCAAAGACUUUACACGCUCGUGAAGUCGGCCGUUUCUCGCUCUGUUCAAGAGUUGUCCUUUUCCGCUAGACAGGAACAGGUUGGCAACUACUAAAGCCAGCUUUUUAGCCCAUCGGUAGGUUACCCGAACGUGCCAGGUUUUCUCACUGAGAAAAAAAGGUAAGAUCAAACCACCUAGUUCUCUGGAUUUUGAUUCAGUAGCGGUCAAAUCCAAUUGCACAAUGUUGAUUUAUGUAAUGCUGUGGUAGAAGCAGCUGAUUUCAGGGAUGUGUGCUGUGUGACCUCCUUUCCCCUAUUUGUAAAGCAAUAGGCACUUUGUGGAAAGCCAGAGUUGCAAGUAUUAUUUUUAAAAUUCAACCUUUUGCUAUGUAUGCAGAUGAAAUCCCAUUUCUGUGAAUGGAAUGUUUUAAGGGUAGCACCCCGACUUAGUCAAAUGUUUCCCCAAGGGAUCUGGAGCACCCUUUACAACUCUUGCUGUUCUGUAUCUUGUGCCUCCUCAAUGUUGGAAAACCAUCGCAAAAUAACUGCAAUGUUGUGUACGCCAUAAGCGGGCUUUGGCAAAGCUGGUGGGGCAAGCUGCUGCAACUCAAUAAAUACACAAUCCAUACAAGGGUACGGUCAU